UUACCUAAAUCGCUUGGCGCGUUUGAACUAUCGACGAUUUCGUUUGUUUUUUUUUUUAUUUUGAUGACGUGACGAAGGUGGCUGAACGAUGCGAGUACCUAUAAUAUCUACAUAAUAUUAUGUACCUACACUUAACAUAGCACAACAAGUGGCCAGUAAUGGCGGAUGGUUGGUGUUUCGCGUCUCGUAGUAGUACUAUUUAUAACCUAAAAUAUAGUACAAGUUUUCGGCGAUAUGUGCGCUAACGUUUCUUCGUUCUGUGGAUUGGUGCCGUUAAAUUUCACAAUUGUGCCAAUGACGUACGAACACUACAUCAACUGAAAGUAUACUGCUCGUAAAUGAUUAUCAGUGAAAUGAUAUUGCAUACAAAAUUUUGACAUUCACACUGCUGAUAUUUCGUAUCCGUCGCAAGUAAGGCCAUUUAAUAAACACUAAUCUAUUUAUAAACAUUUAGUAAUUCUUUCGCUCUGUGGAAACAUUUUCAACUUUUGGGCGAAACUACGAGUUCCGAAACAGAUUUGCUUGCAACAAAUCGCUGAUACUUGCUGGUGCAACAUAGUCAUAAAGCUACACCUAUGAUAAUAUUACUUUCAAGAGCUCUUAAAUUGCACACUAAUAACGUAACACGGACAUUCUAAUUAAGGGUCAUCGCUUUGACAUUCAUACCAUCCUAUCAUCGAAUAUGAGUUGGUAACACGCCUAAUAAUUGCCUAUCCAUAUAUUACAUAUCUACUAAACUCGCUAUCAAAAAAGGGCUCGGUUCGAUUAUUACAUUCAUUAGAUAAGAUUUGAUGCAAUUUUAAAACCAAGCUAACAUGAUAAUGGGCUUAAAACAUUAUGGGACUGUCAACAGACACAAGAGGUGACACACUUAGCUACUUAUAAAAGGUCACAUGCAUUUGAAAUAUUUGGUGCAAGUUAGUUGUAGGUUCUAGGUAGAGAAUGAUGCAUGCUGAGCAUCGUCCAAUGAGGUGCUGAAAGUGGACAAAGUGUGUAACUAACAAUGCAUGCAGUGUACAUAGUGUAAUACGGACCACAUUCGUAUAUUACUGAAAGGCUAUGCAAACUUGAUAUCAAAAAUGACAGAAAGACGGAAGAAAAAGUCACAUAAUGGAUUCCUUCGGAAAGUGUCCUCCUUGUUUAAUCUUGACACGGCUCACAUUACGUCGCCAGAAAUGAAGCAGUUGCAGGUAAAUGGCAUCGAAGGGGGAGGCACAGAACGCACUCACGAGGAUGGCUAUGUCUACCUGAAUGUUGUGCUGUCGCGAGCGGGCGGCGCCGGGCUUGGGUUCAGCAUCGCCGGCGGCUCCGACAACCCGCACGUUCCCGAUGACCCUCAUAUCUACGUCACCAAGCUUAUACCCGGGGGCGCCGCCGCGGCCAGCCAGAUGCUGAUAAACGAUGCUAUAUUACAGGUAAACGAUACGAAUGUAGAAAAUGUAACGCACGCGGAAGCCGUCGACGCACUCAAAAAAGCUGGCAAUACUGUCAAAAUGAAAGUACGUCGUCGCGCUGCCGAUGACACACUGAACGUUUCCCAAUUGUCUGCUAAGGAAGAGUCUGUAGAAAUUGAAUUGGCGAAAGGUGGAUCCGGCUUGGGGUUCAGUAUAGCAGGCGGCCUUGGUAAUCAACACAUACCCGGAGACAAUGGUAUUUACGUGACUAAGAUAAUGGCCGGCGGCGCCGCCCAUCGAGACGGUCGCUUGAGGGUCGGCGACAAGUUGUUAAUGGUGAAGAACACUUCUCACGGAGACGUGAACCUGGACAACGUGACGCACGAGGAGGCGGUGGCGGCGCUGAAGGCCACGGGCGAGCGCGUGCAGCUCGUGCUGGUGCCGGGGCCGCGCCACGGGCAGCCCUCGCCGCGGGUCUCGCGCGCCAAUACACCGUCAAGCACAGCGAACUCUCUCCGGCGCGAGGAUGUGACGGACGGCGCCGAGGAGCCGCGCGUGGUUGAACUAGAGAAGGGGCAGGCGGGUCUCGGGUUCAACAUCGUGGGCGGGGAGGACGGGCACGGCAUCUACGUGUCGUUCCUGCUGGCGGGCGGGCCGGCGGAGCGGUCGGGCGCGCUGCGGCGCGGGGACCGGCUGCUCGCCGUCAACGACCUCGACAUCACGCACGCCACGCACGAGCAGGCCGCCAAGGCGCUCAAGAGCACUGGACAAAAUGUGAAAUUAACAGUAGUGUACCGGCCUCAGGAAUACAAUAAGUUUGAAGCUCGAAUCAAUGAAUUAAAGCAUCACACACUCCUUAGAACAUCUCAGAAACGCUCCUUAUAUGUGAGAGCACUAUUCGAUUACGACCCAGUCAGAGACGAUGGUUUACCGUCAAGAGGAUUGCCAUUCCGGUAUGGAGAUAUUUUGCACGUGACAAACGCCUCGGACGACGAGUGGUGGCAAGCACGAAGAUUAGACAAGGCGGAGUCGGACGCGAUCGGCAUCAUCCCCUCCAAGCGGCGCUGGGAGCGCAAGCAGCGCGCGCGCGACCGCCAAGUCAAGUUCCAGGGGCAGGCCACGCCCGUCUCCGCCAGCCAGUCUACACUGGAGAGGAAAAAGAAAACUUUAUCAUUUAGCAGAAAGUUCCCGUUCAUGAAGAGCAGAGAGGAUGGCAAAUCUGAAGAUGGUUCGGACCAAGAACCUUUCAUGCUUUGUUACACGCAGGAGGAUGCUAACGCGGACGGUCAAGAUGAAACUGUGCUAUCAUACGAAACGGUGCAGCAGUUAACGAUCAAUUACACUCGACCCGUUAUUAUACUUGGUCCUCUAAAGGAUAGAAUAAAUGACGACCUGAUAUCAGAGUUCCCCGACAAGUUUGGAAGCUGCGUCCCUCACACAACUCGGCCCCGUCGCGAUUACGAAGUGGACGGGCGGGAUUAUCACUUCGUCGCCAGCCGCGAGCAGAUGGAGCGCGAUAUACAGAACCACCUGUUCAUAGAGGCAGGCCAGUACAACGACAACCUUUACGGCACAUCUGUUGCUUCCGUACGGGAAGUCGCCGAGAAGGGCAAACAUUGCAUUUUGGACGUGAGUGGAAACGCAAUAAAGAGAUUGCAAGUGGCGCAACUUUAUCCCAUUGCCAUAUUCAUCAAACCAAAGAGUGUAGAAUCCAUUAUGGAAAUGAAUAAACGAAUGACUGAAGAUCAAGCAAAGAAAACUUAUGAACGCGCACUGAAAAUGGAACAAGAAUUCGCCGAAUACUUUACUGCCGUGGUGACGGGCGACACGCCGGAGGAGAUCUACUCCAAGGUGAAGGCGGUGAUCACGGCGGAGAGCGGGCCCAGCGUGUGGGUGCCGCGCCGCGACCCGCUGUGAGCGCACGCGCCGCGCCCGCCGCCGCCCGCCGCCCGCCGCCCGCCGCCGCGCCCCCCGCGUCUCACCCGCCACCAGUACCUACUACAGUGCCUCGAGUUCACUCGCCAACACACGCAAACUGAACCACCAGUCUGUUAUUUUAUUACGAUAUUUUGCGUAGGUAACGUGGGAUCCCAUGUCGGUAUUAAUCGUGUUUGUUGUUCACGCCAUUAGACGGUGAGUGAUAUGUUGCAAUGGGCUUCACUUGAAUAAGCAAUAAAGUUGUAGAACGAGUGGAUCGCCGCGAUGGUACUCGCGGCGACGGCACGCACGGUCGUGUGGUUUUUAUCAGAUUUUGACUUCACCGCUUGACAGUUGAAACCUACCCCGGUAUCGCAUAAACAUAUUCAUUAAUAUGAGAAUUUUCACUAUUGAAUACAAUUGUUGACCAAGAAUCUGUUAUUGACUAGCGUUCACUAGAUUAUUGUACGCUUAUGUUUAUUGUGCAUAUAUUUUAUAAUAGCAAUAAAUAAAAUGUAUUGUCAAAUGCAAUGUAUGUUUUAAAUUAUAAUUUUAUUUCAUUUGACAAGGCCCAUUAAUUGUGCUUCAAUUAAUUAAUUGUGUAAAUUGUAUAUUAAUAAAUUUUUAAAUGGUAUUAUACAUGUUAAUUUACUCAGGUUGCUAGAUACUUUUAAAUUUUCAUCAGUGUUAAGAGUUUACUAUAAUUAAAGUAUUUGAAAGUAAAGUUGUCAUGAAAUGGAUCACAUGCACCUGUGAUUUUAAAUCUAUGAUAAUGUAUACUUAUUUACUAAAUAGUCUAUAUGUACUACGACGCUGAGUAGUCGGUCCCACCUCACGUAUGCCUAGGCUAAGAAAUUCAUAAUCUGGAUUAUUUGCUCAAGCGGCAAUCUAUAUAGCAACCAUUGAAUCUCAUUACAUGUACUGCGCACCGACAACCUCCUUGACACGUUAGGCGAUGUGCAAAGUUGUUUGUUGAUCAUUUUUAUAGUAAGCAAUUAUGUUAUAUGGUGUGAUUGUCUCACCAAUUAAAUAGUGUUUGACAUUUAUUUAUUGAGAAUUUUAUUUUCUUACGGAAUAAUAACUGAAUGCCCAUCUGCAAAUAUGGCGCUAAAAGCGAGCAUAUAAGGCUCAAGUUUCAUAUUGCAUAUAAGCGAUAAUAUUGCGAAUUUUAAUUUCGACACUGUCCCUAUGCUGCAACAUACCUAAAGAUGGUACAUUAAUUUUAUUAUCCGUGUGGUACUUAAUAGUUAUUAGUGCGUUAUUAGUAGGUUUACACAAGUGACUAUGAGUAUUAACGUUUGAACACAUGACAAAUACCGAUUUUAUUAUAAUAGUUUGGAAAGGAAUCACGACAAACAACACUGAUAUUGUGACCAAAGAGAUACGUGCAAAAUAAUUGGGCACUUGCAGAUAUAGUCAUCACACAUGGUUUUAUUGUUUUAAAAAUAUUUACUGUUUGUCCUGAUUCCUUGAAAAUGUUUUGUUUUGUAAAUAAUAUUAAAAUCUAUGAUAAGUUGCUGUAUCAAUAUUAACAAUAUUGUUAGAAAUAUUUUAUUUUUAUGAAUAUUUAUUUUAUUGUCUAUUGUAGGCGUUCUAUUUAAAUGAAUGAGUGUGUAAAUUAAGUGUAAUUAAUGUUUUAACAUCUAUUUAACUUUUAACAUAAUCAAGACACCCAUAUUUGCAGAUGUACAAUGUUUAUGAGUUAGUGAUGUUCAAUAGAAUAGUUUGAAUAAAAUUAUUUACGUUGAAAAUUC